AUGGGCUAUUCUCUCUGUGUUCUGGGCUGUGGCACGAUGGGAAUUGCUGUCCUUUCUGGAAUCAUCGACAGUCUCAGCGUCGCUCAUCCAACCCCUGUCGCCUUCAACAAGUGGGAGGUUCAUACUCCAGGCACCCUUACUCCAACUGGCGAGCCAGAUGCAUCGAUUCCUUCAAAAUUUCUUGCUUGUGUCUCCAGAGAAGAUAGCGCUGCUCGUCUCCGCACUAUAUUCAAGGCUCUUGGCCCGAUGGGAGCUGAAGUUGAGGCUCUGGCAUCGCGUAACUUGGAGGCCGUUCAUAAAGCAGAUGUGGUCCUCCUCUGCUGUAAACCCCAGCUGGCCCAUGCGAUCCUCGGUGAACAAGGCAUGAAAGAGGCUCUCGACGGCAAAUUGCUUAUUAGCAUUCUUGCGGGAGUUACGAUGGCACAACUGAAUGGCUGGGUUCUGCCCUCUACAAAAGUCAUCCGAGCGAUGCCAAACACCCCAUGCAAGAUUCGGGAAGGCAUGACCACAGUUUCGACACUUCCGGUCUCCCCUAGCACUGAGCUCGACCGCGCCAUUAUUCUCAAAAUAUUCUCGUCCAUCGGACGUUGUCGGUUCCUGGACGAAAAGCAUUUUGACGCGUGUACUGCCCUGUCAGGCUCAGGCCCAGCUUUUGCUUGCAUAUUCCUCGAGGCAAUGGCAGAUGGCGGAGUUAUGAUGGGUUUGCCUCGCGCUGAAGCAUUGGAGCUUGCUGCCCAGACUCUACAAGGCACAGCUCGAAUGGUACUUCAGGGUGGUGCUCAUCCAGCGCAAAUAAAAGACGCAGUGACCACUCCCGGUGGUUGCACCAUAGCCGGCCUCUUGGCGAUGGAGGACGGACGAGUGCGGUCUACGAUUGCUCGGGCAAUUCAAGUCGCUACAGAACGCGCCAGUGAGUUGGGGCAGCCAGUAACAAAAUAG